GAUACCGAGAGGCAUUUACCAUCACGGGGAGGUCCUAUUUGCCGAGACCCAAAGUCAAUUGUGUUCGGGUUUGGCCGAAGGAUUUGCCCUGGCAGAUUCCUAGCUGAUUCGAGUGUAUGGCUUAUAGCUGCUAACCUAUUGGCAACAUUCGAUAUCAUGAAUGCUCGCCAUCCCAACGGGGAUGUCAUUACACCAGAAAAUGCUUUCCUGUCAGGCGCAGUCAGCCAUCCUAAACCUUUCAUAUGCACCAUUCGCCCCAGGAAC